AUGUCGCCUGAACAAAUUGAUGCUCCCAACCUGGCAGAGGGCUCUCCGGCGCAGAGCUUGCCCUCCCGUCCGUCGAAGCAGCCCAAGGAGAAGGGUGCAAAGGGCGGCAAGAAUGCUGGUCUCGAGCUCGCCGAGCUUCCGCAAUUUAUCCAGCACAGGCUCGACAUUUUCGACGAGAUCAAGGCGAGGCAAGACGCGGAAGAUGCAGCGAAACCAAGACAAGAAAUCACCAUCACGUUACCCAGCGGAAAGGAAGAGAAAGGCACCUCGUGGGAAACGACGCCGCUCAUGAUUGCCAAGGGAAUCUCCAAGUCGCUUCUCGAGCGUACCGUCAUCACCAAGGUCGAUGGAGAACUAUGGGAUCUCACGAGGCCUCUCGAGAAGAGCUGUAAACUUGAACUGAUUGAUUUCGAGAGCGAGGAAGGCAAGGCCGUUUUCUGGCAUUCCUCCGCCCACAUUCUCGGUGAGGCCUGUGAAAGACGUUUUGGCUGCUUUCUGUGUAACGGACCUCCUACGAAGGACCCCCCCGGCUUCUAUUACGACAUGGCCAACAUGGAAGGCCAAGUUGUUGCCGAAGAAGAUAAGAAGGCGCUUGAGACGAUUGCCAACUCCAUCAUCAAGGAGAAGCAGCCGUUUGUUCGACUCGAGAUGACCAAGGACGAACUUCUCGAAAUGUUCAAGUACAGCAAGUACAAGGAAUACUUCAUCAGCCAGCGCGUACCUGACGGGACAAAAUCCACCGUCUACCGCUGCGGCCCCCUGAUUGACUUGUGCCGCGGACCUCACGUGCCAAACACGGGCAACAUCAAGGCGUUUUCGGUACUCAGAAACUCUGCUGCUUAUUGGCUUGGCGACAGCAAGAACGAGUCGGUGCAGCGAAUAGCCGGCAUCUCUUUUCCUGACAAGACGGCUCUGGCACAGUACAAGAAGUUUCUCGAGGAGGCUGCCAAGCGCAACCACCGCAAGAUCGGCCAGGAUCAGAAGCUCUUCUUCUGGGACGAAAUGUCUCCAGGGUCCACGUUUUGGCUGCCACAUGGCACGCGCAUCUACGAAUCACUUAUGACCCUGAUCAAGGGGGAGUACAGGAAACGAGGGUUCCAGGAGGUCAUGUCUCCCAACAUGUAUAAAUCGGAUCUGUGGAAGGUCUCUGGCCACUGGAAUCACUACGAGGAGAACAUGUUCACGUUUGACGUCGAAAAGGAGCGCUUUGGACUGAAGCCCAUGAACUGCCCCGGUCAUUGCAAGAUCUUUGCACACUCAGACGUCACCUACAAGGACCUGCCAUGGCGAAUGGCCGACUUUGGCGUCCUCCAUCGGAACGAGUUCUCGGGUGCGCUUUCUGGACUCACCCGCGUACGCCGAUUCGUGCAGGAUGACGCGCACAUUUUCUGCACGAUUGCUCAGAUUCAACAAGAGAUUGAAGGUGCUUUCGAUUUCUUGUACAGCGUCUAUGGGCUCUUUGGUUUCGAAUUCAAGCUGAAACUAUCGACUCGUCCUGAAAAGUUCAUUGGCGACAUUGCCGUGUGGGACAUGGCCGAAUCCAAGUUGAAGGAUGCUCUAGAUUCCUUCACUCAGAAGAUCGGGUCGCAAUGGGAGGAGAAUCCUGGAGACGGAGCUUUCUACGGCCCAAAGAUUGACAUUACCGUAUACGACGCCCUGAGACGCGACUUUCAGUGCGGCACGAUCCAGCUCGACUUCAAUCUGCCCAAGCGAUUCAAGCUUCGCUAUGUGCAGGCCAAGGACGAAGCAGCUGCCGAGGGCGCCGGGAUAGAGGAGGACUUGCCUGUCGGCUACGCCAGACCAGUCAUGGUUCACCGCGCCGUUCUGGGCAGUUUUGAGCGCAUGAUUGGCAUCCUGACGGAGCAUUUUGCAGGCAAAUGGCCGUUCUGGCUCAGCCCUCGACAGGUGCUGGUUGUCCCCGUGAUGCCCGCGGUCAACGACUACGCCAAACAAGUUCAGCACGCCUGCAAUGAGCAGGGCCUGUUUGCCGACGUCGACCUCGGCAGCAACACCUUGCAAAAGAAGAUUCGCACGGGUCAGCUGGAUCAGUACAAUUUCAUCUUCGUCGUCGGAGCAGAGGAGGAAAAAUCUCGCACAGUCAACAUCCGCAAUCGAGAUGACCAGAGCACGCAAAGCAAGGGCGAAUUGAUUCCUCUAGCAGAGGCAUUAGAUCACAUGGCAAAGCUCAAGGCCGAAAGACGGCUGCUUAAUACGCUGUAG